UUCAGCUGUUGCCUGUUUGUGUUUAUUACGAAGGCCUAUGUGAAUGUGUUUGAUUUUAGUGAAAUUUAUUAUUUUUAUUUCAUUUAUUUGGCGUAGUGAAUUAAUUGCUUAACUCACGUUAGGGUUGAACCAAGGGGUUGAUGUCUGAAUCGUGAAUGGUAGCUACAGUGGUGAAUGUUGUUAUACUUCAAUUCUAUAUUUUGUUAUGCACUUUUUAUAAAUUAAGAGUUGUUUACUCUUUCAAGUUAUUUUUCGGAUAGAAAUUGCUGCAAGUAUUGUUUAUAAAUAUGGUUGUUCCAUUAAAUCAAGUUUAUACUAAAAUGGUAACUGAUUUUAGGAAUGACUGUGAGAAUUUGAUUGACAAAUUUAAAGAGAAACUCUCAGAUGAUUUCAGAGAUUUUGUUCCACUGUGGAAAUCAUUUAAAUUUAACCUGGUCUAUGAAAAGUACUCAAAAUUUGGAUUGAACUAUGAUUUCAAAGAAGAUUCUCUACAAAUAGCUAAAACCAUCAUGUUGAAUGAUUACUUUGUGGGUGGUAUAUUCUUGCUCUAUGGACUUUACUUUGUGCAGGAAGAUCCCAAGGCCAGUAUUCGAUUAGAACUUUAUGAAUACGAGAAACUUCUGAAAUUAAUAAAAGAUGAGAGAAAAACUCUGAUUGACACAUGUCAGCCUGGGUAUCUGUUUGCCAAAUUGUUGAAAAACAACGCCUUUGCUUUUGUCAGGUUUUCUCGUGAUUUCAGCAUGGAGGGCCAGAAUCGCUCUCGUGUGAUCUUCAGUGGUCAACCAAUUGUAAUGAAUGAAGUAAAAACUUUCGAUGAUAAAAGUUGGCUUCAAGGCUUUCUGAGCAAAAUUGACUUUAUCCAAGAUUUAAAGAAGGUUGAACAGGACUAUUUUAAGAAAAAACAAAAGCUGAAAGAUGAUCAUCCAGAAUUGAACUUGGCAUUGGACAUGAUGCCUGAUGACAUAGUUGAUGGCAUGAUGAAGAACUUGGUACAACCUUUAAGUCAAGAAAAGAAUAAUGAAAAAACUGAAAGCAUCGGUUCCAGACGUAAGAUGCUGAAAGGACGGAGAAUGAAGAUCAGACAUCGAUAUGCAGGCAACUUAUUAGAAACUCAAUCGUCAGCAAUAACACCGUCUCUUCCAGUCAGAGAGAUGAAAAGGAAGGGAGCACCUAGGGGUAAGGUGAAGCACUACUUCAAAUCGUUGGUGAAUGACCCGUCUGAAAGUGACGAAUCCAUCAACUCUGAAACUGAUGACUGUUUACUGAACUUACCUGACAUUUAAGCAGUAUUGAUGAUUUGUGAUAUAUUACAAUUUAAACUGUAUAAAAGACUGAGUAACUAUAACAUUAUCUUAUUUUUUGUGUGUUACGUAUGAAGCUUGUUUAUACUGUUGCUACUGUAUUGUAAUGUUGAUUUAUAAAUAAAAAAAAUAUUUUAA